AUGGCGUUCCUUACGUUAGAAGACAUGAAGAUUGUCGUGUCGCUAGUCUGCUGCUGCCUCGGCGUCGGUAGCCUCGGCCUCGCUGGCAACUACGCGCGCGCCGGCUACGUCGCGGCCACGAUCGCGUUCAUCUUGAUGGCGAUCAUAAACACGUACGCGACGUGGUGUCUCUGCAAGGUGCUGGUCGUCGCGCCCAAGUCGAUUCUGACGCUCGGCGACCUCGGCGACUGGUGCUUUGGCCGCGUCGGCAAGUAUUUCUCGCUCAUUUUCCAAUGCCUUCUCUGCGCCAUGUACCCGAUCGUGUACCUCGUGCUCGGCGGCACGCUGCUCUCGACGUUGUUUCCCAUGUCGUUUUCACAAACGACGUGGCUCAUCCUCAUGGCCAUCACGCUCCUCCCGGUCUGCCUCGUGCCGACGAUGAAGGAGGGCGCUGGCAUGGCCCUCGCCGGCGGCCUCGCCACGGUCCUCGCCGAUGGCAUUGCGCUCGCACUCCUCAUCACCAACAUGGAGGACGUCAACCCGGCAGGCAUCUCGCCGCCGUCGCCCGAGAUCACGUUUACAAGCGUCACGACGGUCUUUGGCAACCUCGCGUUUGCGUACGCCAGCGCGCAUGCCCCGCAUCUCGCUUGUCGCGCAAGGCAUCAUCACGUUUUCUUCUUCGCCGUCGCGCUCCUCGGCGUCUUCUCGGCCGGCUGCCAAACGCCCAACAACCUCCUUUUCGCGAUUUCUGGCUCCAAGCUCGGCUUUGCGGCCUCGCGCGGCUACGUCGUGCUCGCGUUCCUCUGUAUGCAGUUCCACAUUACGAUCGCGUUUGCCGUCAUCUUCUUUCCCGUCUUCCAGAUCCUCGAGCGCCUCGUGCUCGGGCUGCACAAGGACCGCGACAUGGUGGUAGUGCUUGAGAAGGACGUCGAGACGCCGGCGCUCGACGAUGACGUCGAGAGCGCGACCUUUCAUGCGGUUGUCGAAGGGGGCCCGCGCGAAGAGGUCAAAGCGUACAGAGCCCCCGGGUCGUACUUCAAGGCGUCGCUCGUGCGCACGGCACUUAUCGCGGUCUGCGUCGUCAUUGCAGUCAUCUGGAAAAAUCAUCUGAACGCGCUCGUCGACUUUGUCGGGGCGUCGGCGUCGGCGCUCGUCAACAUGAUCCUCCCCAUGGUGUUUUACUUGAAGACGUUCUGGCCGUCGAUCAAGUGGCCGGAAAAGAUCUUUGCGUUCGUGUGCAUCCUCAUUGCGGUCUUCCUCGGCGUGUACGUCUCGAUCCAAACGGGCAAGGACUUGUUUUCGCCCGAGACGGCAGACCCGACGAUCCUCUUCCCACUCUGCCCCGCCGCGUUCCAGCAAGUUGUCUUUACCAACACGACCUACUAUCACUACUAA